UCUUCUUGCCACUGUUGCUAGCUCUUUUUCUAGACCAGUAGCCGUCACUUUUGCCUCUUUUUAUACCCGUUCAUCCCUGCCGGUGCUGUGGCACACGCAGAUCUAGAGACAUAGACAGAGAUUGAGAGGGCUGGGGAAGAGAUCGAUGAAGAGCAGAAGCAGCAGCAUGAGUAACAACAGCGGCAGCACGACGACGACGACGGCAGUGCAGCGGAAGGAGGUCGAGAGGAGGAGGAGGCAGCAGAUGAAGAGCCUCUGCGUCAAGCUCGCCUCCCUCAUCCCCAAAGAACACUACUCCUCCAAGGAUGCUAUGACCCAGCUGGGUAGCCUAGACGAAGCAGCGACGUACAUAAAGAAACUCAAGGAGAGGGUGGAGGAGCUGCGGCAGAAGAGGACCUCUGCACGGCUCUUGGCUGCGGCUGCUGGCAUGAGACGAGGCGGAGGAGGAGCAGGUGGCGCCUCGACGUCGCCGGCGGCGACGACCACAGCGAGCGGUGGCGCGGGGUCAUCAGAAGAAGCCGGUGACCACAUGCCGGUGGCGCCGCCGGCGGUGGUGGAGGUUCGGCAGCACAGCGACGGGUCGAGCCUGGACGUGGUGCUCAUCAGCAGCGUGGAGCGACCCUUCAAGCUGCACGAGGUGGUCACCGUGCUGCAGGAAGAAGGCGCCGAGACCAUCAACGCCAACUUCUCCGUCGCCGGCACCAAAAUCUUCUACACCAUACACUGCAGGGCCUUUAGCCCAAGAAUCGGUAUAGAGGUUUCAAGAAUUUCUGAAAGAUUAAGAGCAUUGGGAUGAUACUAUACUAGACUGAUAUACAUAUUGCUAAAUUAUGUGACCAAAGCACACAUCUUUUUUCUGCUGUUUCAUUCUUUACUGCACGAAAAGUCUCCCAGCUAGCUCCAUUCGUUACCAAGUCAUAUAUAUGCGAGUUUUCUUGUUACGAAUUAACAAAACUUUGUAAGCAUGGUUGCUACAGUUUUGUAGUCUAUGAAUAUUUCGAUCGAUGGAAUAAGACAAAGUCAACUUAACCUUUCUAA